AUGCGCUUCUCCGUCGCUCUCGCUACCCUCGCCUUCGCUGUCAGCGUCAAGGCCCAGGCUGUUGACCCCAACCAGAUCGACACCUGUAUCCGUGACUGCUCGAUCGAGGCUUCCAAGAAGGUCGGCUGUAUCUCGCCCCUGCACCUUUCGUGUAUCUGCCCGAACGGCCAGUCGAACGCCCAGUUCCAGGGUGCUGCCGUCGGCUGUCUGCUGAAGAACGGGUGCAACCUCUCGAACGCGCUCGCGACCAACUCGAACCUCUGCAAGUACGGUGUCGACUGCGUUGCGCCGUACAAGAACUGCGAGACGAGCUCUGGCGAGACCAUCUGUAUCGACCCCUCGAUCCAGACCUGCGCCUCGGGCUCGGUCAUCAACCUCCAGCGCCGUGCCCUCGCCGUCGCCAACGCCGGCUGCACCCCUGGCCAGGAGGCGUGCCGUGUCUUCGGCGGCGGCCUCUUCGCCUACGAGUGCAUCGACACUCAGAGCAACAUUGAGUCCUGCGGCGGCUGCCCCAUGGACGGCGGACAGGACUGCACCUCCAUCUUCGGCGCCACCUCGGUCGAGUGCAAGCAGGGCAAGUGCAUCGUCUCCGAGUGCGAGAAGGGUCUCGCCCUCGUCUCUGGCCGCUGCAAGUAA